GUAGAUUGUAGGUACAAGGUAGGGCUGCGGACGAAAUGUCGUGAAUGUAAUUUAGGGAAAAAAAACACAUAAUAGGAUAGGCAUAUUCUCUAGGAUGCCUUCUCUUUCACUAUUAGUGUUUUUGAACUAUCAAAAAUGGCGUCACCCACGCAAACCCACGGCGAAUUCGAUGAUCUCGCUGCGAGACUGAGAGGAAACACACUUCAUAUUCCAAACCUGUUGACGAUAUUCGUAGGCUGGCCCGGCGGCGUCAAUGCUAGGCUGGAAGACCUUCGUGAUGAGAUAAAUGGCCGCAUGCUGGGAAGCGUGAUAUCCGAUCCAGCGAAAAUAAAGAAAUACACACACGCCGACUUCGGAUUUCUCACUUCUACAUGGUUCCCCAAUGCCACCUGGUCGCGGCUAAAAGUGGCCGCCGCCUUCUUCGUCUGGGCCUUCGUCUGGGACGACGAAGUCGACGUCGGCGAAAACGAGAUAGACAACGAGAUCAGCGGCAGCAAAGAGCUGGUCCGCCUGUACUGCGAGCAGUCUCUCGCCUGCGCGUACAAGGCCCUGCGUCUUGGCUACGACGAGAUCCGAUUCCCACCGCCGGGAAGUUCGCCUGUUCGCAGCAUGGCGCUGUUCGAGGAAUUUGCUAAGGGGCUUCGGGGACAGGAUAAAGGUCAGCGGGACUUGGUACGUCGGGAAGUCGAGCUUUUGAUUCUCCAGGUGGUCGUGGAAUCGAACCGCAGGCAAGACGGGAGCAUGCCGACCCCGGAGCAGUAUAUGUGCAAUCGUUCCGGGACCGUAGGAGCGACGUGUCUCCUUUCUAUUGUUGACUUCAUGAAUGGAUUCAAACUCCCAAAAUGGGUUAUGGAGAGUAGGGAAAUGGGGCAUAUCUGGGAAGAGACAUGUUCCAUAUGCUAUAUCAUCAACGAUGUCUAUUCGUUCAAAAAAGAAAUGGACGUCGGCACAUUCCACAAUCUGAUCCCGGUACUCUUCCACGCCCAAGGCACCAACGAAAUAGGGGGCGCCAUGAACCGGAUCCUAGAAAUGAUGCAGCAGGCCUACGAGACCUUUGAGGCGGCGGCGGCGUCUCUGCUAAGCCGGGCAAAGGGCGACCGGCAACUGUGCGAGAAUCUGCAGGCCUACUUUGACACCUGUCGGACCUUUACCACCGGCCACAUACUCUGGAGCCUGGAGUCCAAGAGAUACGGGCUGAAACAGUAUCUGCAGGCGGACUCUUCUAUCAUAAUCCCGCUGUAAUGGAUAUACCUAAUAUUAGAAAUUUAUCUAUUAUACUCACGAUACCAUAGGUAGAGAGCUGUCAUGUGAAGCUGGCAGCUAACAAUACAAAGCCACCUACCCAGUACCUAUUAUGUUGCAGGUGUGCCUUGGGAGCCAUGGCU